GUAAACUUUUACGUGUGAACAAUCAGUGAAAAUCACACAGUGUGCGUGUUGUUGUAGGAAAGGGCAGAAAUGCAGAGGGCUCUCUCUCGAAUGCACAGGCCGUGUGUGGCCAGGACAUCAAAUUAUUGGAAUGUAAUUGAUUUUACGGCCAGAUUCUACCGGCCUAGCGGUGCAUUAUGUCAGAAGUCUGCUGUGAAGCACACAUUCUCUGACCUUCCGGAGAUGCCCAAGUGCCACUUCAGUCCUGAGCCAUACCAGGGCAUGUCUGCCAAGCAGAUGUUGCAGAUCAGACAACAGAACUGCAACCCCAUGACUAUGAAGGUGACCUCGUACAAAAAGCCAGUGUUUAUCCAUCAGGGCCACAUGCAGUGGCUGUGGGAUGUGGAUGGUAGGCGUUACUUGGACCUCUUUGCUGGGGUGGCCACAGUCAGUGUCGGUCACUGUCAUCCGAAGGUGACAGCUGCAGCAGAGAAACAGUUGAGACGCCUUUGGCACACAACAAACAUCUACGUUUACCCUACCAUCCAUGAAUACGUAGAGAAGCUAGUGGCUCUUCUUCCUGAACCACUGAAGGUGGUGUACCUGACAAAUAGUGGUUCAGAGGCCAAUGAUUUGGCCAUGCUUAUGGCACGACUACACACUGGCAACUUUGACAUCCUUACUUUCAGAGGUUCAUAUCACGGAGGUAGCCCACAGACUAUGGGGCUGACGUCAAACGCAGCAUACAAGUAUCCUGUGGCCUCUGGACUAGGUUGUCAUAAUACCAUGUGUCCUGAUGUGUUCAGAGGCCCAUGGGGAGGGAGUCACUGUAGGGACUCCCCCAUCCAGACCUAUCGUCAGUGUAGCUGCCCCUCCGACCAUUGUCAGGCUACUGACAUGUAUAUUGGUCAGCUGAAAGAAGUCUUUGCCACUAGUGUUCCAAGUCGAAUUGCUGCUUUCUUUGGUGAGCCUAUACAGGGUGUGGGUGGUUCUGUUCAGUACCCUAAGGACUAUUUGAAAGAGGCCUAUAAGCUUGUGCGUGAACGAGGAGGUGUCUGCAUUGCAGAUGAGGUACAGACUGGGUUUGGCCGUACAGGAAGUGACUACUGGGGAUUCCAAGGCCACGGUGUUAUUCCAGAUAUGGUUACCAUGGCAAAGGGCAUAGGGAAUGGAUUUCCAAUGGGGGCAGUUGUCACAACUCCAGAGAUUGCUAGCUCAUUUGGAAAAGGAGUUCACUUCAACACAUUCGGCGGCAAUCCAGUGGCAUGUGCCAUCGGCUCCUCAGUGCUUGAUACAAUAGAAGAAGAUGGAAUCCAAAAGAUAAGUGCUGUUGUUGGCACAUAUCUGCUGGAAGAACUUGCAAAGCUGCGUGAUAAGUAUGAAAUCAUUGGUGAUGUACGUGGCAAGGGACUCAUGAUUGGCGUUGAGAUGGUCAAAGACAAGGCGAGCCGUGACCCUCUCCCUCCUGCAGACGUGGCUGAGAUCUUUGAAGACGUCAAAGAUAUGGGAGUUCUAAUUGGGAAAGGAGGCGUGUAUGGACAGACCUUCAGGAUCAAGCCCCCUAUGUGCAUCACAAAAGAGGAUGCAGACUUCUUCCUAGCCGUUUUCAAUCAGGCAGUGGUCAACUACAUGGAGAGGAGAUAAAACCCCAUUGAGACUGGACUGAGACCUGGCGUGGACAUUGAUUACUCCAGAUAUGUUGACGCAUGGGAUUGCUGUAUAAAAUUUUAAAAGUUUGAUGUGAAGCCUUACCACAGCUGUAAGGAGUAUGCUACUGACAAGUGAUUUUGUUUUUAAUGUCAGGGCAGAAGAUUUUCAUUUAAGGAUCCAUGAUGGAAACCCCAUGAAC